AUGGGCCAGGGCCCCGGGGUGCAGGUGCAGCGCCGCAGUGCAACUGCAAGAAGGGUACGAAUCGGCAUAAAAAGAAGUAACUGUGCAGUGCAGGCAUAUAGAAUGUCGUCAGAUAGGGACAUGAAAACAUGUUCACUGAAGCAAACAACAACAUCUUCGGUGCAGCUGCAGAGCCUGAGCGAAGAUGUCGCCCUCAUUGUCGACGCCGCGCUCCACCUCGCGACCGCCGGCGCCAUGCUCGACCUCGCGACUGCCGGUGUCGUGCCCUCCCGUGCUGCGCUCCCUGGUGCCGUGCCCUCUCGCACCGCGCCCGCCGACAUUGCGCUCGAGCUCGCCAGUGCCGCAUCCGCCGCCGCCGCCACGCUCACUGGUGCCGCGUCCGCCUGCGCCCGGCUCAAGCUCGCGCUCGCUAGUGCCGCGUCCGCCUGCGCCCGGCUCGCGCCCGCCGCCGCCGCCGCCGCUCACAGAGGGGCGUGCCUUCAAGGAAAGUCACAGCCACAGAGGAGCAUGUCGUUGAGAGGUGUUACGGCCAUGGAGGGCAUGCCGGCGAGGGCAGCCGUGCCCAUAGAGGAGCUUGUCGUCGAGGACCUACCGGAGGAGUAG